AAAAGUGCUUCCAGCUCCGGCCUUCCGCCGCGAUAAGCCCUAAUCGUCGCCACCCCGCCGGCCUCCCAUGGCGACCACCUCCUUCUUCCAGCCGCUCAGGGCCCCCAUCGCCGGCGGUGGCGAAGGCGACGGCGCCCGCCUCGGCCGCGGGCCCCUCGCACUGCCUUUUCCUACCGGCACGAGGCCUCUCCGGCGGACGGCGCCCCUCCUCGUCGCGCGGGCCAAGCGCUCCGGCAGCCGGACCGCGGCGGCCUCGCGGCAGCCCGCGAACCCCAGCGCCGCGCCGAAGCGGGAUACGGACGAGGAGGUGGAGGUGGAGGAGGAGAUGCCCUGGAUCCAGGACAAGGCGCUGGACCUCGUGGAGUUUACCGGCACCGUCACGCAGGCCAUACCGGGGCCCCGCGUCGGCUCCAGCCCCGUUCCGUGGCUCCUCGCCUUGCCUCUUGCCUACGUAGGCGUGUCGUUUGUACUCGCCGUCGUACGCACCGUCCGCAGGUUCACCUCCCCGCGCACCCAGAAGAAGCGAAGGGUGGGCAAGAAUAUUUUCUUGUUGAAGUCACUAGAUGAGUUGUUUCAGAAGGGCAGGGAGGCGGUGGAUUUUCCAGCUCUCCAAGAACUAAUGGAGAAGACAGGAUUUGACAUGGAUGAUGUAGUAAGGAAGUACAUCCGUUACACACUGAAUGAAAAACCAUUCAACCCUGAUGUAGUCGUGGAUCUCUUACAUCUUAGGAAAGCAUCAAUGUUAGAAGAUGCUGAAGUUGCUGAAAUUUUGAAUGAGAUUUCAAGACGAAUUGUCCGGGAAAAAGGACCAGUAGUCAUGGACUUAUCUGGGUUUACAGAACAAGGUUUUAAGCGUAAGCUUGCUGUGCAAACAUUGUUUGGAAAAAUCUUCUACUUAUCAGAGCUCCCAGAAUUCUGUUCACGGGAUGGCUCGCUUGUUGUCAAAGAGAUUUUUGGAGUUACAGAUGAGGAUGCAGACAGCAUUAGAAUUCACACACUUUCUGAAACCAGUGAUAUCGAGUCAUUGGAGAAGAUGGUCGAUGAUUCAGAACUGGGGCAUGGUCCCUCGCCUUCAUCAUGAAGGGUAUUAAUGGUAAAACAUAACUGAGCACCUUCGUGGUCUCGUGGAUAGCUGGUGCUGGUGCGAGUCUGAGCCAUCGAAGAUAGUUCCAGGAUACUCAGCUGGAAGUUUUGUAAAUCCUAUUAGGAUUAUAACUUGUGGCAGUAUCUCGAACCUUUCUAUUAGUAUUUGAGUGGGUGAAUAUGUUGUUUAAGAGCCUGGUAGCAAUGAGUUAUACAAAGCGAGAAUGCUGAUUGAAUUUAUACAUAUUUUAAUUUUUUUUGUUUCAACUU